GGAAGGGAAGGAGUCAAAACUAUAAAAUCUUGCAAGUGGAAAACGCAAUCCAAUUAAUUCUUCUUACACCGAUAAUUUUGUUUGUUUCAGUUAGAACUUCAAUUAGUGACAUUUAAACACAAAAAAGAGGAAAGAUUUCUGUAACAAUAAUAAUGAGAGCGCAAACAAACAAAACUAUCAAUUUAUCCAAUAAUAAUCUCUCAUCCUCAUCCUCAUCCUCAUCCUCAUCUAAUUCAAAUUUUUUUGGUUCUUUUUUAAAUUCUCAUCUUGCUCCCUACUUUCCGCGCAUUAAUCUCCCUAGACACAGAGAUACCGAAGACGAAGAUAGAUCCGCAUUUAUCCUCUCCGAUAAGAUGACAGACGGACGCCUAGUCUAUACUGUUGAUGAAGCUCUUUUCGCUGUCGGUUUUGGAAAAUUCCAAGUCCUUGUGCUUCUGUAUGCGGGCUUGGGUUGGGCUUCUGAGGCCAUGGAAAUGAUGCUUCUCUCAACUAUCGGACCAGCAGUGCAGCAGCAAUGGGGUCUUUCUUCUGCCAAACAGAGCCUCAUCACCAGUAUGGUUUUCGUUGGCAUGAUGAUCGGCGCAUACUCAUGGGGCUUAGUUUCUGAUAAAUUUGGAAGAAGGAGGGGAUUUCUGGUUACAGCCAUAAUUACUUCUGCAGCUGGACUUCUGAGUUCCUUUGCCCCGAACUAUAUUACAUUGAUUCUUUUUCGUUGUUUGGUUGGACUUGGCUUGGGAGGUGGUCCUGUACUCUUAGCCUGGUUCUUAGAGUUUGUACCAGCACCAAAAAGAGGCACUUGGAUGGUUAUUUUCCAAGUGUUUUGGACCAUUGGAGCAAUAUCCGAAGCUGCUCUAGCAUGGAUUAUUAUGCCAAGAUUGAGCUGGAGGUGGCUGCUUGCUGUGGCUGCUCUGCCAUCUUUUCUUCUCCUUGUAUUUUAUACUAUGACUCCUGAGUCCCCAAGAUAUUUGUGCUUGAAAGGUAGAAAAGUUGAUGCCCUUGGGAUUCUAGAAAAAGUAGCUAAACUAAAUGGAAAAGUAUUGCCUCCUGGUGUUCUUGUUACUGAUCAUGAACUCGAGCUACAAGAGAAGAGUCUUCCAGUGGAGGAUGGAAAUACAGGUUUACCGCAAAACGAUGAAGAUGUUAACCAUCCUCCUCCCAUGUGGAAGGAUUCUAACAUGGGGCCUUUCAGAUCACUGUUAACCCUUCUUUCGCCAAGAUUAGCUAGGUCAACCUUGCUGUUAUGGGUGGUAUUUUUUGGGAAUGCAUUUUCAUAUUAUGGCCUUGUUUUGCUGACCACUGAGUUGAACGAUAGGAAUCGUCAUUGCCCUUUAACUCAAAUGCAGCCCCAGACGGCUGUGGAUGUUAACUACAAAGAUGUGUUUAUUACUUCUUUUGCAGAGAUUCCGGGGAUAAUCCUGGCAGGUCUCACAGUUGAUAGGUUUGGUCGAAAACUUUCUAUGUCGGUUGUGUUCUUUAUCUGUGGCAUCUUCCUGCUACCAUUGGUGGUCCAUCAAUCUGCGACUCUCACAACAGCCCUUCUCUUUAUAGCUCGAAUAUUCAUAACAGAUACCUUCACUGUUGUCUAUGUUUACGCCCCAGAGAUGUAUCCAACUUCAGUGAGGUCAACAGGAGUUGGAGUUGCAAGCUCAAUGGGAAGAAUUGGUGGAAUGGUCUCCCCUUAUGUGGCAAUAAUGUUAGUGCAAGGAUGCCAUCAAGCUGCAGCAAUUCUUCUUUUUAUGGCUGUAGCUUUUGCAUCUGGGAUCUGUGUCUCACUGUUUCCAUUUGACACCAAGGGCCGUGAUUUGACUGAAAGUAUAUGCAGUAUAAAAAAUGAAACACCGAAGGUCAUGACACAAGCAGAGCCAUAAAGUCAGGGAUACUGUAUUCAGUGCAGAACAUGAUGUGUUAGGUUGAAUUUUGCCAUAGGAAAAUGAAUUGCUUUCUUACUUCAUAUGCACAGGCAUACAGAAUUUUUUGUGCUUUUCCAUCCCCUGUACAAUGCUUGUUGUUAGGAAUAUAAUCAUUAAUAAGUUUUGUUGCAGCCUUCUCUUGCUGUUGAUAUUAUUUAUAUAAGAGCAGGCAGUCAUGACCUUUUUCGA